ACAGCAGCCAGGCUGCCGGAGAGCUGAUCUCGAGGAUUCGGGUGCGGAGCCCUUGGCCUGGAGGCGAUAUGGGUGGUCCGCGGCCCGAUUCAGUCGCUCGCAGCAGCCCGGGGAACAGGCCUGUCUGGCCCUGAGGGAGUCCCCUUUCUGAAGCUGUGGUGCUUGGACGACCUGCUCUCUACGUCGCUGGGCACCUGUAGGUGUCUCUGGAGAGCUCAGAUUUGAGGUUCAAGUCAGUGUGGCCAUGAAGGGGCUGCCUGUUGGGCGGAUGCUGUGACCCUGGAGUCUGCCUCUCCUGCCAGUACCCCCUGCCCAGAACAUGUGGCUGCGGCUUGGCCUGCCCUCGCCGUCCCUGAGCCCCAAGCCCACAGUUGGCCAGAGCCUGUGCCUCACCCUGUGGUUCCUUGGUUUGGUGCUGAGGGCCAGUACUCAAGCCCCAGCACCCACAGUCAAUACUCACUUUGGAAAGCUAAGGGGUGCCCGGGUACCAUUGCCCAGUGAGAUCCUGGGACCUGUGGACCAAUACCUGGGGGUGCCCUACGCCGCCCCUCCAAUCGGCGAGAAACGGUUCCUGCCCCCUGAACCACCCCCCUCCUGGUCGGGCAUCCGGAACGCCACACACUUUCCCCCAGUGUGCCCCCAGAACAUCCACACAGCUGUGCCCGAAGUUAUGCUUCCCGUCUGGUUCACUGCCAACUUGGACAUCGUCGCUACUUAUAUCCAGGAGCCCAAUGAAGACUGCCUAUACCUGAAUGUCUAUGUGCCCACAGAGGAUGGAUCCGGCGCUAAGAAACAGGGCGAGGACUUAGCGGAUAAUGACGGGGAUGAAGAUGAAGACAUUCGGGACAGUGGUGCUAAACCUGUCAUGGUCUAUAUCCACGGAGGCUCUUACAUGGAAGGGACAGGCAACAUGAUCGAUGGCAGCGUCCUAGCCAGCUAUGGCAACGUCAUCGUCAUCACCCUCAACUAUCGAGUCGGAGUGCUAGGCUUCCUGAGCACCGGAGAUCAGGCUGCCAAGGGCAACUAUGGCCUCCUUGACCAAAUCCAGGCCCUCCGCUGGGUGAGCGAGAAUAUUGCCUUCUUUGGAGGCGAUCCCCGCCGGAUCACUGUCUUCGGUUCAGGCAUCGGGGCGUCCUGUGUCAGCCUCCUCACACUGUCCCAUCACUCAGAGGGCCUUUUCCAGAGAGCCAUCAUCCAAAGUGGUUCUGCUCUGUCUAGCUGGGCCGUGAACUACCAACCAGUGAAAUACACCAGCCUGCUGGCUGACAAAGUGGGCUGUAAUGUGCUGGACACCGUGGACAUGGUGGACUGUCUCCGGCAAAAGAGUGCAAAGGAGCUGGUAGAACAAGAUAUCCAGCCAGCCCGCUACCACGUGGCGUUUGGCCCUGUGAUUGAUGGUGACGUCAUUCCUGAUGACCCUGAGAUCCUCAUGGAGCAGGGCGAGUUUCUCAACUACGAUAUCAUGCUAGGUGUCAACCAGGGUGAGGGACUCAAGUUUGUGGAAGGUGUGGUGGACCCCGAGGAUGGCGUCUCUGGCACUGACUUCGACUACUCCGUUUCCAACUUUGUGGACAAUCUGUACGGCUACCCCGAGGGUAAGGACACCUUGCGGGAGACCAUCAAGUUCAUGUACACAGACUGGGCAGACCGUGACAAUCCUGAGACCCGCCGUAAAACACUGGUGGCACUCUUCACUGAUCACCAGUGGGUGGAGCCUUCAGUGGUGACGGCUGAUCUGCAUGCACGCUAUGGCUCACCUACCUACUUCUACGCCUUCUACCAUCACUGCCAGAGCCUCAUGAAGCCUGCCUGGUCAGAUGCAGCUCAUGGGGACGAAGUACCGUACGUCUUUGGUGUACCCAUGGUAGGUCCCACUGACCUUUUCCCCUGCAACUUCUCCAAGAAUGAUGUUAUGCUCAGUGCAGUUGUCAUGACCUAUUGGACCAACUUUGCCAAGACUGGGGAUCCCAACAAGCCGGUCCCCCAGGACACCAAGUUCAUUCACACCAAGGCCAACCGCUUUGAGGAAGUGGCCUGGUCCAAAUACAACCCCCGAGACCAGCUGUACCUUCACAUCGGGCUGAAACCAAGGGUCCGCGAUCAUUAUCGGGCCACUAAGGUGGCCUUUUGGAAACACCUGGUACCCCACCUAUAUAAUCUGCAUGACAUGUUCCACUAUACGUCCACAACCACCAAAGUGCCGCCCCCGGAUACCACCCACAGUUCCCACAUCACCCGCAGGCCCAACGGCAAGACCUGGAGCACCAAACGGCCAGCCAUCUCACCCGCCUACAGCAACGAGAAUGCCCAAGGCUCCUGGAAUGGAGACCAGGAUGCAGGGCCACUCCUGGUAGAGAACCCUCGUGACUACUCCACCGAAUUGAGUGUCACCAUCGCCGUGGGGGCCUCGCUCCUGUUCCUUAACGUGCUGGCCUUUGCUGCCCUCUACUACCGUAAAGACAAGCGGCGCCAGGAGCCCCUGCGGCAACCUAGCCCUCAGAGAGGAACCGGGGCCCCGGAAUUGGGAGCUGCUCCUGAGGAAGAGCUGGCAGCGUUACAGCUGGGCCCCACUCACCACGAGUGCGAGGCUGGCACCCCCCACGACACUCUGCGCCUCACUGCCUUGCCCGACUACACCCUGACCCUGCGGCGCUCCCCUGAUGACAUCCCACUCAUGACCCCCAACACCAUCACCAUGAUCCCUAACUCGUUGGUUGGCCUGCAGACCUUGCAUCCCUACAACACCUUUGCCGCAGGGUUCAAUAGCACCGGGCUGCCCCACUCACACUCCACCACCCGGGUAUAGCUUCAGCCCAGGGCCCAGCUCAUCUCCCGGCUCCCUCCCUCCCAGAGCCACACACACAUGCACACACAGACAUGCACACGCAAACACAGACUGACAUCUAUGUAUACGCACUCACCCACACCCUACAACUGCAGAGCCACCUGCACAAACACAAGACAGAUGUGGACAUGCACAUGCAUGUACAAAAACACAGAUGACAGAAGCAAACGGGAACAAACCCCGCAGACGGGGACAAAAAGGAGUCCUCGGCCAAGCGACAGCAGCUGCAGCCAGCUCCCCGAGUCUGACCACAGACACUCCUGGGGGGCCUGAAAGCCACAGCUGGACACCCCCUCGGUGCUUGCCUUCGGCCUCUCUUGGAACUGCACCACCGACCAACUCCAGACUCGGGAGCUGUCAAGAGCAGAGUAGCUCUUCCUCCCCCAGACUUGGUCUUUUUUCUGGGUCUUGUUUUUGUUGAUUUUUUUUAAAGCAAACAAACAAACAAACAAAAAAACACCAAUUUUGGAACAAAUGCUUUUUCAACCCGUGAGUGCUAAGAGGCCAUGGAAGGGAGAGCUCUGGGCCCAGGUCUCUCUGGUUCUGGAACCCUCAGUGCCCACAUAAUUAGACCAAGAAAAAGGACCCCGCCUCCCCCUCCCACCCCAUCUUCAGCCCCCAAGAACGAAACAGAUCCGAGCAAAGCCAUGGGGUGGAACGAGGCAGAGGCAGGGGCCAAUGACGACUGGGGCUGGAGGAUCAUAGGGGACAGGCAUGCGACCAGCCCUGCCUAUCUGUGAGGGCUACUGCCCUGCCUCCCUCCCCACCCCCAAAGCCAGCAGCAUCGCCCUGGCUAGCCCAGAUGUGGUGGGCAAGGUCUUGUGGAGGAGGCCGUGUCACCACGCCCACCUCCCCCCACCCCCGCACGGGGUUAUCUGGGCUCUGCCUCGGCCCCUUGGGGAACUGCUAUCAGAAAUUUGCCCCAUUUUCUUUACAGUCUCUUUUGUGUCUGUCAUUCCUCUUUCCAAAAGGCGGUGGUUUUUCUUUUUUGUUGUUGUUGUUGUUGUUAGUGUUGUUGUUGUUGUCGUCGGCCUUUUUUUUUUUUUUUAAAGAAACGUUCUUAAAACACUAACGGAAACCCAUGGAGUUCGUCCUUUGUAAAAAUUUUAAACACAGUGUCUUGAUAUAAAAAUAAAAAAUCCAGUUAGCACUCCCAACCCGCCUCCCUUGCGCAGGCCUUGCCCCCUGCCCCACUUUCCUGCAGACCUAGGAUUCAGGGGGGGCAGGCGGCCUUCCCCUGCCCCCGGACCUUUAAAGCUGACGCAAGUCUGGGCUGCUCUCUGCUGUUCCCUGCACCUCGGCCUCGCCCAGCCUUAAUCAGGUUGCUGGGCCCCCUUCCCCUGCCACCCAAGCUCUGGGUUCCUGCAGCUAAAACCUCCUCUUAGCACCUCAGGCCUCCUAAGGAAACAGACAAAAACAACCGUUCCUUCCUCCGUUGCCGCGUCCGCCGCCGCCGCCGCCGCCGCCGUCGCCUCCUUCUCUGCUGUCACCGCCACGAUCGCCACCACCUUGCCCUCAUCUUCUCGAACUCGGGGGCUGGGAGGAGGCCUGACCUCUAACUUGCUGACAUUCUUUCUCUUAUCUAAAUCCAGUGCGGCAUCAGCCAUGUGGACUCCCUGGCCUUGGGUGAGGUCCCUGGGCAGGGGCCCUGCCUUCCCCCAAGGAUUCUUGUUUCCUGUUGUGUGCGUUCAAAUUGGACUGGCCACUGGGGCCCUGAGAGCCAUCUCUCUC